UCAUUUAGGUUAUUGUUAAAUUUAGAUUUUUAUUUUAAUUUAUUUUUCCAAACUACGACAACGACGACGAUUUUAAAAAAAUGGGAGCUGGAAACGCCGAAAAAGGAAAGAAAAUUUUUGUACAACGUUGUGCUCAAUGUCAUACGGUCGAAAAAGAUGGUGGCCAUAAAACUGGUCCAAAUCUAAAUGGUUUGAUUGGCCGUAAAACUGGCCAAGCACCCGGUUUCGAAUAUACCGAUGCAAAUAUUAAAAAAGGAAUCACAUGGAGUCAUGAUACAUUAUUCGAAUAUUUGGAAAAUCCAAAAAAAUACAUACCCGGUACAAAAAUGGUGUUUGUUGGUCUGAAAAAAGCACAAGAUAGAGAAGAUUUGAUUGCCUAUUUGGAACAAUCAACCAAAUAAAUGAAACAUUAACAACAACAA